AGUUUCCUGUUGACACCGGAAUAUUGUGAAUGGGCAGGAAAAGCAAACGCCACCUUCUUUCAUUUUCCUUUAACUUUCCCUCCCCUCCCCAACCUGGCUGUGUGGGUGCGCCUCUCUCUCCUCCCAACCUGCGUCCGGCUGAGCCUUGCUGGGGAAGGGAGGCGAGGAAAAGGCCCAAAGAGGAUCCUCCACGCCUAGGCUUAAACUUCAGAGAAGAGGGAGGCGGAGUGAAAAGGCGAGAGAUUUGCAGGGAGUUGCCGGCUGCCGGGGCAGACGAGAGAAGAGGUGCAGGUGCAGAGUGGGGCGGCUCGAAAGGGCAGCUCUGCCCCGGGGACCGCAGCGUGCCCCCCCCCCCCAGCGCUGGGGCGUUCGCUGCUCACUCACUGAGCGAGACAAAGAACCCCCCGGUCGCGCGCUCUCUGCGCUUGGGCAUGGGGGUGCCUGCUUUCUAAAUGCCCCCUCCUGCACCCCUCGCUGAUGGCUGAAGCCUGGAGGCUGGAGGACGAGGAAGAGGAGCUGAGGGAGUUCGGCAGAAGGCACAGAAGGCGGAACCUGAACUCUGCAGCAGAUCGCUCUGAAAGAAAUAAACCAGACUAUCGUUCCUCAGGCCAAGGACCCCUGUCAUCCAUUAGAGCAGCAAUCAAGAGAACUUCUCGGACUUCUUCUCAUACCGAACAUCAGAGAGAUAGAAGACGUCCUGAGAUUACAAUAGUUGCUGCUGAGCCUCUCAGACCAUCCUCCUGGUUUCCAGGUGGAAAUGUCACUCCACAAGGAUUAGGAUUCCCUCCUCCUUCCCAGACUAACUGGAGGACAAAUGAGCUUGUUCCAGCUGAGCUUCCACCAUCUUAUGAGCAGGUGAUAAAAGAAAUUAACCAAGUGCAAGUCAAUACAACAAAUAACAAUAAUGCUGCUGCUGCUUCUAGAUGCACUGCUACGUCUGCAACACAGACUGACUUUCCAGAGGAAAUAAUCAGCCAUUUGCCAAGAAGUAAUGUAAAAAACAACCUACCUACUCUCUGUGAAUCUGAACUUGUUCAAGCAGUGCAAAGUCCUCUCAAACCUCCCAGACCUCUCUUAAAUAGCAAUCCUUCAGAAAAUGAGGCUCCCUUAGUUGUCUCUGAAGUGUCUGAAGAAUGGAAGUGCCAAGAAAAUCCCAGUAAUGUGACCGGUCCACUGCCAAAACCAAGAUCAAAAGGCAAUCUCAGACCUGUGGUCAGAGAUAUUCAAAGCAAAUCACAAGACAAUCAGGAAGAAGUGAGCCAGCCUCGAGCUGAAAGGGAGCUAUCUCCAAGUCAGCCAGUGUCCCUCUUAGAUAAUAGCUUAUUGGACAAUCACAUGGUGAUGAACAGUAUGAAUACAGAAAAAAGCCAAAAUAGUAUUGGUUCAAGGAUCAAAGCUUUUGAAUCCCAAGCAAAUUCUGAUAUCUCAGGAUUAUCAAAGAAACCAGAAAUUGCUCCACGAUCAUUUGUCCCAAGACCAACUGUUUCUGCAAAGAAGCCAAUAAUAGCUCCAAAACCAGAGCUAGGGGCCAGGAGAGCUUCAGGAGAGUCGGGUUCAUGGACAGAAAACACACAAAAAGAUAUAUCCAGGAAAUGGCACUCUCAACCUCAAGAAGCCAGAAGUAAUGUCAUAACCAAACCUGAAUUGCCAAAGAAACCAAAACCUGGCCUUGUAAAAAGUACUAGUAAUGAUUUGCUUGAUGCAAGGAAUGGGUCAGCUUCAGAGAACAAUGAUGAACAGAAGAAAUUCCCAGUUCCUGCUCCAAGGCCACUCGUUCCCAAAAAGUCUCUUUCUGUAGAAAGUCCUGCCCCUCAUUUGACUUUACUAAAACCAAUCAUCACUGCUUCCAGUCUCUCGGUAGCUACCCAAGCAACAGCUUUCAAGUCCCUGAGAGAAUCAUCGGCUCCAACCAACCUCUCAACAUGUACUUUGCAAAGUAAACCAGUUGGGGAAGGAGAUCUUAUCAGUUUUGAUGAUGACGUUUUGCCCCCUAGUUCAGUUAGUGCAGUUCAAGAAUGUACCAGUUCUGAAGCAGAUGUUUUGAGAAAAGGAAGGAAAAGUAGUUGGACAAAACAGGUUGUGGUGGUGCUGCUGCCUCCCUUAUCAGCUUUAAGCCCAGUGGAUCCCUUUCAAUUCUCCUCCAAAACCGAGCCUGCAAAGGAACAGACAGUUCAACCAGCUAUAGCACGAAAGCCUACUGUGAUCAGAAUCCCAUCUAAACCAGGGAAAUCUUUAAAUGAAGUUCCACAUAUUCCUCCACCUCUUCCUUCUGAAAAACCAAUUGGGAACACCUCUGGGAUCGUUGCUGGAAAGCCUAGUAAUGCCAAACAAACAAGGAAAGGGGAAUCUGAACAUCCAGAUCCAACAGGUACUUCUUGGACAGAGCCUGUGCUGCCCCCUAGGCCUGUGGAUGGAAAAAUUGUACCAGCUCGACUGCCUCCACCUAAAGGCAUUCCUGGAAGGCCACCUCCACCAAAACACUCUGGAACCAAGACCUCUUCCCAAAAGGACCCUGUUUGCCGAUCCUCGUCUGACCUGACACUCCAUAAAAAACAUGACAUGUUUGGAAUGGGAGUCAAGAGAGCAAAGAGUCAAGUUUUAAAAAAUCAAGACCCAGCAUUACCGCCUCGACCUAAACCAGGGCACACUCUCUACAAUAAAUACAUGCUGCCUGUGCCUCAUGGAAUUGCCAAGGAAGAUUUCUCUCCUAGAAACCCUGGAGAACUCGGCUGCAAGCAUGGGGAUGUUCUUGUGCUGCUGGAGCAGAUCGACAGCAAUUACUUCAAGUGCCAAAAGGGAGGGGAAACCGGCAAAGUGCACUUGUCUCAUAUGAAGAUAAUCACCCGCCUAGAUGAGCAUCUGACAAGCAAGCAAAAGGAUUCAAACGAUAUUCAGAGGGUUUCUGACAAAAGUGCUCCUCAUGCUGUAGUGCUGCAUGAUUUUCCAGCAGAACAUGCUGAUGAUUUGGACCUCCAUUCUGGAGAGACUGUUUAUCUUCUGGAGAAAAUAGAUAAUGAGUGGUACAGAGGAAAACUCGGGAAUCGCACAGGGAUAUUUCCUGCCAACUUCGUUAAAGUGAUUAUUGAUGUUCCAGAGGAAGAGAACAGGAAAAAAGUAUUGUUUUCAUCACCAUGUAUUACGGGUCCGAGAUGCGUAGCUCGGUUUGAAUAUAUCGGAGAUCAGAAAGAUGAGCUAAGUUUUUCAGAAGGUGAAAUUAUUCUUCUUAAGGAAUAUGUAAAUGAAGAAUGGGCCAGUGGAGAGCUGAAAGGCACAUCUGGAAUUUUCCCCUUGAACUUUGUGGAAAUUAUUGAAGAUCUGCCUGGAUUAGGUGUAGGAGCACCACUGAAGAACAAGAGGGAGAGUUCUGCUUGUCUUUCUCAGACUGAUAGACAGUCUGGAGAGUGGUGUGAAGCGCUUCAUGAUUUUACAGCAGAAACCAAUGAAGACUUAUCCUUUAAAAAGGGAGACUACAUCCAGAUAUUGGAGCAUGUGGACUCAGAGUGGUGCAGAGGGAGACUGAAUGAUAGCGAAGGCAUUUUCCCAGCAGUUUUUGUUCAGACCUGCUCCGCUGGAGUAAAGACAGCACAGUCUCCAGGAUGCAGGAAAGGAAAAGCCAAGGCUUUGUAUGACUUCCAGGGAGAGAAUGAGGAUGAGCUCUCCUUCAAGGCAGGUGAUAUGAUAACAGAGUUGGAACCUGUAGAUGAAGACUGGAUGAGUGGAGAAGUACAAGGCAAAUCUGGAAUAUUUCCCAAGAAUUUUGUUCAAGUUCUAUAGAUAUCAUAGGGAUGGAGCCCAGUUCUGCUCACUAGGCAUAUGGAAGCAAAUGCUUAUCUAGCACAAAGGCACAUUAUACUUCAGCAAACAAAGAACUACCAUCUUUGUUGUCACUUGAGUUAUUACUUUGACUAUCAAAUAUGAUUUGCACUAUAUUGUCCAGAAAGAGAACCACAUCAUAUAUAACAUAUUAAUUCCUGAAACACCAACAUUUGCCGUGACAACAAAACUUAGUCAUACUUUGUGAAUGUUCCACAUGAGCUAGCAAACAGAAUUUCCACAGGAUUUUUAAUAGUUUCCAGCUAGGGAAAUUAAAUGUAGUACAAUAUCUUACAAAUUAAGUGAACUGCAUUCUAGUAGUUGACCUGAUCUGGUAUUUCAUUUAUCCUGCAUACAAUUUGCAUAAAUUAAGAUUGUUUAAUAGGCUUUUUAGAAAUACAUUUAUUUUGCAGAUUUAAGUAUUGUAUGUUAAAUAUGUAUACCACAUUUUUGAUUUUCAGAUUUCACUACUGCUUGAGUUAAUAUCCUCAUUAGCAAUAAAAAGCAGUUGUUUUAGGA